GAGGGAGGGAUGGAAAGGAGCGCACAUGGGCGCCGGGCCUGGCGAUGCCGGGUCAUCGCGUGGCUCACGUGGCAGGGGUGUAUGUCUGCUUGUUAUGUCACUACACGCUGCCUUUUUUUCCUGCCUUAGGGGGUGUGAUAGCUUACAUCAGCUCUUCGAGCUCGGCAUCCAGCCCAGCCUCAUGUCACAGCGAGAGCUCAGACAGCGGUUUCCAGUCAUCCUCUUCGCCUGUGCCGUCCUCUCCAAACAGCUCCUCCUCAGAAAGCAGCUGAGCAGUCGGGGCAGCGAGGGCUCUGAUGCUGCACCCAAGAGCGACCGGCUGGAGGAGACUAUUAAAACAAACCAGUCAAGUGUUGCUGGUUUGACAAAGGGCCAUAAUGGAGUCACAAAGUUUAAUGGCAUGGUUCUUCUGUGCAAAGUCUGUGGAGAUGUCGCUUCAGGAUUUCAUUAUGGUGUUCACGCCUGUGAGGGCUGCAAGGGUUUUUUCCGAAGGAGCAUUCAGCAAAAUAUCCAGUAUAAGAAGUGUUUGAAGAAUAACAACUGCUCCAUAAUGAGGAUGAACAGGAACAGAUGCCAGCAGUGCCGUUUCAAAAAAUGUCUCUCCGUUGGAAUGUCAAGAGACGCUGUUAGAUUUGGCCGCAUUCCUAAACGUGAAAAGCAAAGGAUGCUGAUUGAAAUGCAGAGUGCCAUGAAAACCAUGAUGAACAAUCAGUUCAGCAGCCACUUGCCCAAUGAAACAUUAACAGAGCCUCAAGAUCAGGCCCUUCAAGAAGAGCUUUCCUCCAAGCCCAAGCAAGAGCAAGAAAACAUCAAAAGCCCUUCUCCUCCUCCUAGCUCUGACAUUGCUAAGUAAGAAGUGAUCGGUAUGGUCACCAGGGCCCACAAGGACACUUUCAUGUACAACCAAGAACAGUCUCAAAACCCAGUGGAGCCCAUGCAGCCCCAGAGCGGGGAGAGAGUUUCAAACAACCCUGAACAAUAUAUCUUGAGUAACGAGUGCUGUCCUGCUGGGCUCAGUGGCCCCCAGUACCCUGAAAGCGAGCAGCACCUUGGCGGACAGUACAACGGGAGAAAUCCCCUGCAUUAUCCAGGCGGGCACGCCGGGAGUUUCACCAGCGGCCACUGCGUGACCUUCCCCAACGGUUACGCUCAGCGCAUGUGUGACAGGAUCCCUGAAGGUGUCUUUUCUCCAAACAAGAGUGCCAGUUACUCUUGCAGUACUGGAGGGAGAUUGCAUCUGGUGUGUCCAAUGAGUAAGACUCCUUAUGUGGACCCAAACAAGUCUGGCCAUGAAGUCUGGGAAGAGUUUUCCCUGAGUUUUACCCCUGCAGUGAAGGAAGUGGUGGAGUUUGCCAAGCGCAUCCCGGGUUUCCGAGACCUCUCCCAACACGAUCAGGUUAACCUUCUGAAGGCUGGGACCUUUGAGGUUUUAAUGGUACGAUUUGCAUCUUUGUUUGAUGCAAAGGAACGUACCGUCACCUUCCUCAGUGGAAAGAAGUACAGCGUGGAUGACUUGCAUUCAAUGGGAGCUGGUGAUCUGCUCAACUCCAUGUUUGAAUUCAGUGAGAAACUAAAUGCCCUGCAACUUAGUGAUGAGGAAAUGAGUUUGUUUACAGCGGUUGUUCUGGUAUCUGCUGAUCGAUCCGGAAUAGAAAAUGUCAAUUCUGUGGAGGCACUUCAGGAGACACUAAUUCGCGCUUUAAGGACCUUAAUCAUGAAAAACCACCCAAACGAAGCCUCUAUUUUCACAAAACUUCUUUUGAAGUUACCUGACUUGCGUUCCUUGAACAACAUGCACUCUGAAGAACUCCUGGCCUUCAAAGUUCACCCAUAGGCCUUUAGGUCUCACUCGUACCUGGACUUGCCUCGUGUUAAACUGUUUUGUGCUCAAAUAUGUAUUUAUACAAUUGUACCACUUGUUGGAGAGAGAAGAGCUCACAGGCUGUGAGCAGCCGAUGGCCGUUCCGUAACCUUGCAAUAAUGCUUCAGCGGGUGCUCU